ACUUUACACUUUGGUCAAAUGCGUCACCCACGUUUUGCCAUAUCAUGGUUAUUACUAUGCUUUAGGGAUCGAUCUAGGCAUGCUCAAUUAGAAAUAAAAAUCUUUGUACUUGAUACUGUGUGUGGCGUGAACAAGCAUAAUAUUAAAUACAUUUAAGAUCAGUGGAGCAAAUACUCAUUUUUACAUAUUUUAUCAUCGCUAUCUGGUGGCGAUGUUAAAGCAGUUAUUAGGUUAUCUGUGAUAGAUACACGCUUCAUUUUGUUGUCCUAAAGAAAAAACAUGGAAUAAAAAGAUUCAGUGAAAAGGAUUUAUAUAAAGAAUAUCAGCCCGAUUAUAUUCCGAACUACUUUUUUCGUUUUAAUUCUAACAACAUCUCGUUUAUAAUACAAUUUUAAUAACAUCGCUAUAUAAUACUCCAGCGUAUUUUUCUACAUCCAUUUCAUAGCUAUACAUAUUGCAUACAUGUAUGCAGAUAGUGCAUCAUUUUCUCUGGAUUAACUUUUUAUAAUGAAAGUCGAAUACUGUAAAUGUUCAAUGGCUGUUAGCACUCAGGGAAUGAGUUCAAGUAAAAGAAAAAAUAUCAUUCGAACAAUAGUGGAUGUUUUAAUUUGGCUUGCAGCGUCUUUUGUGGCGUUCUACCUCUUUACAUUUGGCAAGCCUUACAAGAAUGGUUUCUUUUGUGACGACAAGUCUAUAAGUUACCCAUCAUUACAAGAGUCUAUCUCGACACCUGUCUUAGUAGCAAUCGGAUUUACAGUUUCUAUUUUGGUAGUUGUGUUUGUUGAAAUUUUAAACCGGUUGGAAAAAACUUCCAAACCGCAAUGUCAAUUAAGACAAGUCUUCGAACGCUGUGUGAAGAACUACCUAGUUUUCUUAAUUGGUUUCCUGAUACAAGAACUAUUUGUAGACGGAAUAAAAAACAAGAUGGGUAUAUUAAGACCUAACUUCUUUGAUGUUUGCAAACCACAAUACAACACAUCUUUAUGUCCAGGGUAUAUAUCAGAGUACAGGUGUACCGGAAAUGACGAAAAGCAAAUAAGGAGCAGCCGACAAUCGUUUCCUUCAGGACACUCGUCCUUUUCUAUGUAUAUUGCUGUUUAUUUUUGUAUAUACAUUGAAAAACGUUUACAAAUACGUUUUUCAAAAUUGUUGAAAUUAUUUCUCCAAACUGGCCUAAUAUUUGCUGCGAUUUUGUGUGGACUCGGGCGAAUAAUAGAUAACAAACAUCAUCCAUCUGACGUAUUAGCUGGUUUUAUACUAGGUUCCAUCGUGGCUAUUGUUGUUGUAAGUAAUGUUCUUAAUCUCAGUUUUAAUAGUAAAGCAUUGGAUCAGCACUACAUACUUUGGUCAAAUUGUGUGCAAACUGCAGAGAAAACUGCAAAUGAAAAACGGGAUUAUCUGCAAUCUGAAAGUGAAACAUCUGACUAUUGUGUUUCCUGUGAAAGGCCAUUAGACAAUGAUUUAGAAAAACCGUCGCCAAUUUUAGAAACAGACUUUUACCAGGGUAGAGAUAUCGAAAGAAAUGUGUCAUCAAAACAACUUAUAGAAAUUCAAAACAAUAAUCACCAAACUGUAUCAUUAUCGUAA